AUGCCGCCUAAGGAUCGCGGCAGAGGCAAGCUGCCAGUUCCUCUCCCAAGAGACAUGAUUCUGAAAGACACCGAAGGAAAAGUCUGGAGGCUGGGCAGUCAAAUCGGCCAGGGAGGAUUUGGCUUGAUCUAUUUAGCUUCCCCUCAAAUUCAUGUUCCUGUAGAAGAUGAUGCAGUGCAUGUAAUUAAAGUGGAAUAUCUUGAAAAUGGUCCCUUAUUUUCUGAACUGAAAUUUUACCAGAGGGCUGCAAAACAAGAACAUAUAAGAAAAUGGAUGAAUCUCAAAAAAAUAAGAUGUUUAGGAAUUCCAGUGUUCUGGGGAUCAGGCUUGACUGAGUACAAGGGAAAAAGCUAUAGAUUCAUGGUCAUGGAGAGACUAGGGGAAGACCUUCAAAGAAUCUUUGAAGAUUGUGGAAGCAGAUUUAAGAAGGAGACUGUUCUGCAACUUGGGGCACGAAUGUUGGAUACUUUGGAAUAUAUACAUGAAAAUGAGUAUGUUCAUGGUGACAUUAAAGCAGCAAAUCUACUUUUGGGCUACACCAAUCCACAUGAGGUUUAUCUUGCAGAUUAUGGACUUUCCUACAGAUAUUGUCCCAAUGGGAACCACAAACAGUAUCAGGAAAAUCCUAGGAAGGGCCAUAAUGGGACAAUAGAGUUUACCAGCGUAGAUGCCCACAAGGGAGUAG